AGAAGAAAAGGCAACGAGUUGGUGUGAUUGUGAGCUCGCGGUGAUACGUAAGUGGAAGACAUGGGAGGUUGUGGGAGCAAAUCCCGAGUUCCGAAAGAAACUGGGCAGCACGAGCACAACACAGCACCAGGAGAAGCCGUUGUUGGUCAUAAUAAUGAGGCCAUCUCUGAGUCUGGUCAGUCUCAACCUCAAGUUGAAGCUCGUCGUCCUCAACUUUCACUCCAUGAGAUCCUGGACGUGGAUCUCGACCACCAAUCCAACAAACGCCCUUCUCUUAGCUACCUCUUCCAUCAGAGUGAAGAUGUGAAAGCAAAUAAUGUGAAGGGAGAAACAUUAGAUUGUGAAGUGAAGGGGUCAAAUGAAAUGGAUGAAGGAAUGAAACAAGAAUCACAAGCAAUAGAGGCAAAGGACAAAUUCUCAGAGGAAACACAAAGCAGCAACAAGGCAGAGAAAUGUGAAGGAAAUGAGAGUGAGCAGGAAGCAGAGGCAAAGACAUCUAUCUGCAAGAUGAAGUGAGGACUUUAUCACAUUCACUGCUUUCCCCAUCUGCUAGUCCCUCUAUUGUGGUUGAGAUAAAUCAAUAUUUAUUAAUUUUAUGUUUUUAUUUUGGGAAAGUUACCCAUAUUAAA